AUGGAACAGAAGAAAGCGUAUGACAGGGUUAUGAGGGUUGUGAAUGGAUCCGAGGAAGGAUUUUUUUUCCGUUAUGGUCAUGGUGGUUGCAGUAAAAUAUUCAUUUACAAUUUAAUGUCAGCAAAAGUUAGAUCAAGGGGUAAAAUAGUGCUUACUGUGGCUUCCAGUGGAAUAGCACCGCUUCUCCUAAUAAAUGGUAGGAUUGCACACUCUAGAUUCAAGAUACUUAUAACUGUAGAUGAAUAUUCUACGUAUAAUAUCCGACAAGGCUCACUCCUUGCCAAAUUGUUGAUAAAGAUAGAUUUAAUAAUCUGGGAUGAGGCACCUAUGCUUAGCAGGUAUUGUUAUGAGGCACUGGAUAUAUGUUUGAGAGAUAUUAUAACGCAUGCAUCAAUUGCUAAUUGUGAGCGUCCAUUCAGAGGAAAUGUAGUUGUACUCGGUGGAGACUUUAGACAAAUAUUGCCUAUAAUUACACGAGGAUCUCGACAGGAUAUAGUGCAUGCAACCAUAAAUUCUUCGUAUCUUUGGGAGUUUGCUGAAGUCAUGUGA